AUGUGUAUAUACACAUUUAAUUUUUUAAUUAUAGCUGUUUAUGCUGCCCGUAAUCAGAAGAUUCGCGAUGACUGGGUUAAGGCUAUGGAAGCACGUAUUAUUAAGGAAAAGCUUGAUGAGUGCUACAGAACUGAGGGUGUUAACCACUACCAAAACUGCCGUGAGUUGGCAAACAUGUACUUUACUGCAUUGAAGGAGAACAAGGUCGAGGGUUUCCGCAAGAAGACUGAUAGAUCAUAA